AUUAAUGAAUAUAAUAUAAAUAAGAUCCAUCUGUGGUCCGGUUUGGAGUCUGCAUCUCUUCAUCCUGAAGACAGAUCUGCAGCAGUUAGGUGGCCGGAGCCUGAAACGGAAACAUGCUGAAACUACUCACAGUUGUGGGCAUCCUGCUCACCGUGCACUUGGCUACAUCCAAUAAGCUGGUGUGUCACAUGACCAACUGGGCCCAGUACCGACCCAGCAGUGCCAAAUUCACCCCUGACAACAUCGACCCGUUCCUGUGCACCCACGUCGUCUACGCUCUGGCCACCAUCAACAGCUUCAACCAGAUCACCACCAUUGAGUGGAAUGAUCAGGAGCUCUAUGGCAGCCUCAACAGCCUCAAAAACUACAACCCUGCACUGAAGACCCUGCUGUCUGUUGGAGGCUCGGUCAACGGCGUGAGCCCAUUCAUCUCAAUGGUGGCCAAACCUGAAGGUCGUGAAGCCUUCAUCAAGUCUGCGAUUAGCUUCCUGCGUGCCAAUAGCUUUGAUGGUCUGAACCUGGCCUGGGAAUAUCCUGGGCACAAUGGCAGCCCACCACAGGACAAGGAGCGAUUCACUCUGCUGGUCACGGAGCUGUCCAAAGCUUUUGAGGAUGAUGCCAAAGACAACAAGAAGACGAAGCUGCUGCUGUCAGUCAAUGCUGCUGCAAUCCCUGCAACCAUUGAGAGAGCCUAUGAGGUCAACAAGAUUGCACUCCACUUUGACUUUAUUAAUGUCAUGACUUAUGACUACCACGGACACUGGGAGCCAGUCACCGGACACAACAGCCCCCUGUACCGCAGCUCUGUGGACUCUGGAUCAAAGCUCCACUAUAACAUAAACUCCUCUGUAUCCUACUGGCUAACUCUGGGAGCACCAGCUGACAAGCUGCUGCUGGGAUUCCCCACAUAUGGACGAACCUACCGCCUCUCCGCCUCAGCUGAUGGCCUGGGGGCACCAUCCAACGGCCCUGCAGAUGCUGGGCCUUACACUCGCACUGCGGGUUUCUGGGCCUACUAUGAGACCUGUGACUUCACCAACAGCGCAACGGUUGGAUGGAUCUCUGAACAGGAGGUUCCCUAUGCCACCUACGGCAGUGCAUGGGUUGGAUAUGACGACAAGCGUAGCUUUUCCUCUAAAGUCCAGUGGCUGACUAGGAACAACUUAGGGGGUGCUCAUGUGUGGACAUUGGACAUGGAUGACUUCAGUGGAUCCUUCUGCUCAGAGGGAGAGUAUCCUCUCAUCAACCACCUCAGGAUGUCAAUGGGAUUUGGUCCAAAACCCACCACCACGCCACGCCCCACCACCACCAGGGAUCCCAUUGGGGACUUUUGCCGUGGUCGCCCUGAUGGGCUGUAUGAGAAUGUAGCUGAUAAGACCAGCUACUUCCAGUGUUUUCAGGGAAAUACCUACCUUCACCGAUGCCAGCCCGGCCUCAUCUACUGGGACUCUUGCAAGUGCUGUAACUGGCCCUGAUUGAAGGAAACCAGUAACAAACACAGCCAGUCCAUGACAGUAGAUGACAGGGAACUGAAAGUGGGAAAAUUCUGUAACUUUGGUUGUUCUGGUCAGGAAUAAAAAUCAAACCAGUAAGGAAUGUUCUCUUUGCAGUGGACUCAAUGAUUUUUGAGCCAAAAUAAAUGAAUGAAAAAUAACUUGGUUCAUCUACAAUUUCAGUUUCAAACAUUUAGAUGUACAAAUGCUGAUACUUUCCUUGAAUAUUUUUCCUUCAGUGUAUUAACUGGACAUUUACCCGUGCUUCAUACUGGAGGCAUCAGCAAUAGUAGCAGAAAAAUUCACUUGUGAGCUUCACUGUGUGCCAAUACACACCGGGAGACUCUCCACCUCAGCUGCCAUGCUCCUCAUAUAAGUCACGAGCUCCCAAAAUCCCUUAAGUCCUCAAAGUGCACAGUUUGUUUACGUCAUUCGCUGUUAACCUAAAAUAAAGAAAUCAUGCUUAAUAUUGCUGUUUGAUGUCACACAUGAUAAUGUUCUUCUCCACUGAAAGGAUUAAAGCUAUAAAAAACA